AGAGGCUGGUAGGGUAAGGGAGCUCAGUAAGUCACUUCUGUGCGACUGUUUUAUAUCCGGUCUAUGGGACCCGGCUGCGAUUUGCUGCUGCGGGCAGCAGGUACCAUCACUGCUGCCGCCAUCAUGUCAGACACGGACAGCGACGAAGAUUCUGCUGGAGGCGGCCCAUUUUCUUUAGCGGGUUUCCUUUUCGGCAACAUCAAUGGAGCCGGGCAGCUGGAGGGGGAAAGCGUCUUGGAUGAUGAGUGUAAGAAGCACUUGGCAGGCUUGGGGGCUUUGGGGCUGGGCAGCCUGAUCACUGAACUCACGGCAAAUGAAGAAUUGACCGGGACUGACGGUGCCUUGGUAAAUGAUGAAGGGUGGAUUAGGAGUACAGAAGAUGCUGUGGACUAUUCAGACAUCAACGAGGUGGCAGAAGAUGAAAGCCGAAGAUACCAGCAGACAAUGGGGAGCUUGCAGCCCCUUUGCCACUCAGAUUAUGAUGAAGAUGACUAUGAUGCUGAUUGUGAAGACAUUGAUUGCAAGUUGAUGCCUCCUCCACCUCCACCCCCGGGACCAAUGAAGAAGGAUAAGGACCAGGAUGCUGUUACCAGUGUGUCUGAAAAUGGAGAAGGCAUCAUCUUGCCCUCCAUCAUUGCCCCUUCCUCUUUGGCCUCAGAGAAAGUGGACUUCAGUAGUUCCUCUGACUCAGAAUCUGAGAUGGGACCUCAGGAAGCAACACAGGCAGAAUCUGAGGAUGGAAAGCUGACCCUUCCAUUGGCUGGGAUUAUGCAACAUGAUGCCACCAAGCUGUUGCCAAGUGUCACAGAACUUUUUCCAGAAUUUCGACCCGGAAAGGUGUUACGCUUCCUACGUCUUUUUGGACCAGGGAAGAAUGUCCCAUCUGUUUGGCGGAGUGCUCGGAGAAAGAGGAAGAAGAAGCACCGUGAGCUGAUACAAGAAGAGCAGAUCCAGGAGGUGGAAUGCUCAGUAGAAUCAGAAGUCAGCCAGAAGUCUUUGUGGAACUACGACUACGCUCCACCACCACCUCCAGAGCAGUGUCUCUCUGAUGAUGAAAUCACAAUGAUGGCUCCUGUGGAGUCCAAAUUUUCCCAAUCAACUGGAGAUAUAGAUAAAGUGACAGAUACCAAGCCAAGAGUGGCUGAGUGGCGUUAUGGGCCUGCCCGACUGUGGUACGAUAUGCUGGGUGUCCCUGAAGAUGGCAGUGGGUUUGACUAUGGCUUCAAACUGAGAAAGACAGAACAUGAACCUGUGAUAAAAUCUAGAAUGACAGAGGAAUUUAGGAAACUUGAGGAAAACAAUGGCACUGAUCUUCUGGCUGAUGAAAACUUCCUGAUGGUGACACAGCUGCAUUGGGAGGAUGAUAUCAUCUGGGAUGGGGAGGAUGUCAAACACAAAGGGACAAAACCUCAGCGUGCAAGCCUGGCAGGCUGGCUUCCUUCUAGCAUGACUAGGAAUGCGAUGGCUUACAAUGUUCAGCAAGGUUUUGCAGCCACCCUUGAUGAUGACAAACCUUGGUACUCCAUUUUUCCCAUUGACAAUGAGGAUCUGGUGUAUGGACGCUGGGAGGACAAUAUCAUUUGGGAUGCUCAGGCCAUGCCCCGGCUGUUGGAACCUCCUGUUUUGACACUUGAUCCCAAUGAUGAGAACCUCAUUUUGGAAAUUCCUGAUGAGAAGGAAGAGGCCACCUCUAACUCCCCCUCCAAGGAGAGUAAGAAGGAAUCAUCUCUGAAGAAGAGUCGAAUUCUCUUAGGGAAAACAGGAGUCAUCAAGGAGGAACCACAGCAGAACAUGUCUCAGCCAGAAGUGAAAGAUCCAUGGAAUCUCUCCAAUGAUGAGUAUUAUUACCCCAAGCAACAGGGUCUUCGAGGCACCUUUGGAGGGAAUAUUAUCCAGCAUUCAAUUCCUGCUGUGGAAUUACGGCAGCCCUUCUUUCCCACCCACAUGGGGCCCAUCAAACUCCGGCAGUUCCAUCGCCCACCUCUGAAAAAGUACUCAUUUGGUGCACUCUCUCAGCCAGGUCCCCACUCAGUUCAACCUUUGCUAAAGCACAUCAAAAAAAGGCCAAGGUAUAAUUGAAUUCUGAUGAGAGAACAAGAGAGGCAAGCUUCAGGUGGUGGAGAGAUGUUUUUUAUGCGCACACCUCAGGACCUCACAGGCAAAGAUGGAGAUCUUAUUCUUGCAGAAUAUAGUGAGGAAAAUGGACCCUUAAUGAUGCAGGUUGGCAUGGCAACCAAGAUAAAGAACUAUUAUAAACGGAAACCUGGAAAAGAUCCUGGAGCACCAGAUUGUAAAUAUGGGGAAACUGUUUACUGCCAUACAUCUCCUUUCCUGGGCUCUCUCCAUCCUGGCCAAUUACUGCAGGCAUUUGAGAACAAUCUUUUUCGAGCUCCAAUUUAUCUUCAUAAGAUGCCAGAAACUGAUUUCCUGAUCAUUCGGACAAGACAGGGAUACUAUAUUCGGGAAUUAGUGGAUAUUUUUGUGGUUGGCCAGCAGUGUCCCUUGUUUGAAGUUCCUGGGCCUAACUCCAAAAGGGCCAAUACACAUAUUCGAGACUUUCUACAGGUUUUUAUUUACCGCCUUUUCUGGAAAAGUAAAGAUCGGCCACGGAGGAUACGAAUGGAAGAUAUAAAAAAAGCCUUUCCUUCCCAUUCAGAAAGCAGCAUCCGGAAGAGGCUAAAGCUCUGCGCUGACUUCAAACGCACAGGGAUGGACUCAAACUGGUGGGUGCUUAAGUCUGAUUUUCGUUUACCAACGGAAGAAGAGAUCAGAGCUAUGGUGUCACCAGAGCAGUGCUGUGCUUAUUAUAGCAUGAUAGCUGCAGAGCAACGACUGAAGGAUGCUGGCUAUGGUGAGAAAUCCUUUUUUGCUCCAGAAGAAGAAAAUGAGGAAGAUUUCCAGAUGAAGAUUGAUGAUGAAGUUCGCACUGCUCCUUGGAACACCACAAGGGCCUUCAUUGCUGCCAUGAAGGGCAAGUGUCUCCUAGAGGUGACUGGGGUGGCAGAUCCCACAGGGUGUGGUGAAGGAUUCUCCUAUGUGAAGAUUCCAAACAAACCAACACAGCAGAAGGAUGAUAAAGAACCUCAGCCAGUGAAGAAGACAGUGACAGGAACAGAUGCAGACCUUCGUCGCCUUUCCCUGAAAAAUGCCAAGCAACUUCUACGUAAAUUUGGUGUGCCUGAGGAAGAGAUUAAAAAGUUGUCCCGCUGGGAAGUGAUUGAUGUGGUGCGCACAAUGUCAACAGAACAGGCUCGUUCUGGAGAGGGGCCCAUGAGUAAAUUUGCCCGCGGAUCAAGGUUUUCUGUGGCUGAGCAUCAAGAGCGUUACAAAGAGGAAUGUCAGCGCAUCUUUGACCUACAGAACAAGGUUCUGUCAUCAACUGAAGUUUUAUCAACUGACACAGACAGCAGCUCAGCUGAAGAUAGUGACUUUGAAGAAAUGGGAAAGAACAUUGAGAACAUGUUGCAGAACAAGAAAACCAGCUCUCAGCUGUCACGUGAACGGGAGGAGCAGGAGCGGAAGGAACUACAGCGAAUGCUACUGGCAGCAGGCUCAGCAGCAUCAGGAAACAAUCACAGAGAUGAUGACACAGCUUCCGUGACUAGCCUUAACUCUUCUGCCACUGGACGCUGUCUCAAGAUUUAUCGCACGUUUCGAGAUGAAGAAGGGAAAGAGUAUGUUCGCUGUGAGACAGUCCGAAAACCAGCUGUCAUUGAUGCUUAUGUGCGCAUACGAACUACAAAAGAUGAGGAAUUCAUUCGAAAAUUUGCCCUUUUUGAUGAACAACAUCGAGAAGAGAUGCGAAAAGAACGGCGGAGGAUUCAAGAGCAACUGAGGCGGCUUAAGCGGAACCAGGAAAAGGAGAAGCUUAAGGGUCCUCCUGAGAAGAAGCCCAAGAAAAUGAAGGAGCGUCCUGACCUAAAACUGAAAUGUGGGGCAUGUGGUGCCAUUGGACACAUGAGGACUAACAAAUUCUGCCCCCUCUAUUAUCAAACAAAUGCGCCACCUUCCAACCCUGUUGCCAUGACAGAAGAGCAGGAGGAGGAGUUGGAAAAGACAGUCAUUCAUAAUGAUAAUGAAGAACUUAUCAAGGUUGAAGGAACCAAAAUUGUCUUGGGGAAACAGCUAAUUGAGAGUGCGGAUGAGGUUCGCAGAAAAUCUCUGGUUCUCAAAUUUCCUAAACAGCAGCUUCCUCCAAAGAAGAAACGGAGAGUUGGAACCACUGUUCAUUGUGACUACUUGAAUAGACCUCAUAAGUCCAUCCACCGGCGCCGCACAGAUCCUAUGGUGACGCUGUCAUCCAUCUUGGAGUCUAUCAUCAAUGACAUGAGAGAUCUUCCAAAUACAUACCCUUUCCACACUCCAGUCAAUGCAAAGGUUGUAAAGGACUACUACAAAAUCAUCACUCGGCCAAUGGACCUACAAACACUCCGCGAAAACGUGCGUAAACGCCUCUACCCAUCUCGGGAAGAGUUCAGAGAGCAUCUGGAGCUAAUUGUGAAAAAUAGUGCAACCUACAAUGGGCCAAAACACUCAUUGACUCAGAUCUCUCAAUCCAUGCUGGAUCUCUGUGAUGAAAAACUCAAAGAGAAAGAAGACAAAUUAGCUCGCUUAGAGAAAGCUAUCAACCCCUUGCUGGAUGAUGAUGACCAAGUGGCCUUUUCUUUCAUUCUGGACAACAUAGUCACCCAGAAGAUGAUGGCAGUUCCAGAUUCUUGGCCAUUUCAUCACCCAGUUAAUAAGAAAUUUGUUCCAGAUUAUUACAAAGUGAUUGUCAAUCCAAUGGAUUUAGAGACCAUACGUAAGAACAUCUCGAAGCACAAGUAUCAGAGUCGGGAGAGCUUUCUAGAUGAUGUAAACCUUAUUCUGGCCAACAGUGUUAAGUAUAAUGGACCUGAGAGUCAGUAUACUAAGACUGCCCAGGAGAUUGUGAACGUCUGUUACCAGACAUUGACUGAGUAUGAUGAGCAUUUGACUCAACUUGAGAAGGAUAUCUGUACAGCUAAAGAAGCAGCUUUGGAGGAAGCAGAAUUAGAAAGCCUGGACCCAAUGACCCCAGGGCCCUACACACCUCAGCCUCCUGAUUUGUAUGAUACCAACACAUCCCUCAGUAUGUCUCGAGAUGCCUCUGUAUUUCAAGAUGAGAGUAAUAUGUCUGUCUUGGAUAUUCCCACUGCCACUCCAGAAAAGCAAGUAACACAGGAAGGUGAAGAUGGAGAUGGUGAUCUUGCAGAUGAAGAGGAAGGAACUGUACAACAGCCUCAAGCCAGUGUCCUGUAUGAGGAUUUGCUUAUGUCUGAAGGAGAAGAUGAUGAGGAAGAUGCUGGGAGUGAUGAAGAAGGAGACAAUCCAUUCUCUGCUAUCCAGCUGAGUGAAAGUGGAAGUGACUCUGAUGUGGGAUCUGGUGGAAUAAGACCCAAACAACCCCGCAUGCUUCAGGAGAACACAAGGAUGGACAUGGAAAAUGAAGAAAGCAUGAUGUCCUAUGAGGGAGACGGUGGGGAGGCUUCCCAUGGUUUGGAGGAUAGCAAUAUCAGUUAUGGGAGCUAUGAGGAGCCUGAUCCCAAGUCGAACACCCAAGACACAAGCUUCAGCAGCAUCGGUGGGUAUGAGGUAUCAGAGGAGGAAGAAGAUGAGGAGGAAGAGCAGCGCUCUGGGCCGAGCGUACUAAGCCAGGUCCACCUGUCAGAGGACGAGGAGGACAGUGAGGAUUUCCACUCCAUUGCUGGGGACAGUGACUUGGACUCUGAUGAAUGAGGCUUCCUUUGGGCCUCCUUGGUCAGCCUUCCCUGUUCUCCAGCCUAGGUGGUUCACCUUUCCCCAGUUUGUUCAUAUUUGUACAGUAUCUGAUCCUGAAAUCAUGAAAUUAACUAACACCUUAGCCUUUUUAAAAGUAGUAAGUAAAUGAUAAUAAAUCACCUCUCCUAAUCUUCCUGGGGCAGUAUCACCCUUUGAUUUAAAACAAAGCAACCCCCUUUCCCCUACCACUACCAAAAAGAGCAAGCUCAUUUUCCCGUGUCCUCCUUUAACUCCAUGUAUUGCUUUUGGUAUAAUUUUUCCCUGGGGAAGGAGGGGAAAUUAUGAAAGAACUAGUAACUUUAUGUCCUCUUGAUGUAUUAGGAAAUUUCCGGCCGGGCGUGGUGGCUCACACCUGUAAUCUCAGCACUCUGGGAGGCCGAGGCAGGCGGAUCACCUGAGGUCAGAAGUUCGAGACCAGCUUGGCCAACAUAGCGAAACCUCAUCUCUACUAAACAUAUGAAAAUUAGCCAGGCGUGGUGGCGUAUGCCUGUAAUCCCAGCUACUUGGGAGGCUGAGGCAGGAGAAUCGCUUGAACCCAGGGAGGCAGAGGUUGCAGUGAGUGGAGAUAACGCCACUGCACUCCAGCCUGGGUGAAAGAGUGAGAUUCCAUCUCAAAAAAAGAAAAUUUUCAAGCAUGGUAUCAUCUCACUUUUCUAAUUUACAGGCUGGAACAGAUGAGAGCCCUCCUGCUGGGACAGAGACUUGGGUUCUAGUGGACUCUGCUACACUUAAAUCUAUGUGACAUACUGCCCAUUAUUUUAUUAUUUAAUUAUGCAAUGCCUAGUUCCUAAAUGGAUUUGAGGCAAAUUACUGUAAAUUUUGAAACAGCCUAUAUGUCAGAAAUGAUAAUGUUGCCAUCUAAAUGUUUUCUGUCCCUCCCGCCUCAGGGGAAAUGGUAGGAAAAUGGUAAGUUUCUUAGGGCAAUGACUGUGUCUUGUGUUUCUUUUCAUGCUUAGGAUAUGGUUCUGUGCAUAGUAAGUACUCAGUAAAUGUUCCUAGAAUCAUAAAACCCUCAACAGAUAUGUUACUGAGCAUCUGCUUUUCAUGAUAAGCUCUCUAUCAGAUCCUUGGUAUACAAAGGUAAAUAAGACAAAUCCCUUUUACCCAAAGAGCUCACCAUCGAGUUGGGGGAGGGGAAGUGGAAUUCAAAACAUGUUAAUAAAUCAUUAUAGUACUGUGAGAUAAAUGCAAUUAAGAAGCUUGCUGUAAAGUAUAGGGGAAAUAGAGGAGUAAUCAUGUCUGAAAAGUCAGGGAAGUCUUCCUAGAGAUAAUUUUAAGCUGAUUGUUUUAGAAUUAGUAGAAGCUUGCCAGAUGGAAAAGUCCAGGCAAAGUGUAACAUGAAUGGGAAGGCCACAGUCUAGAAAUGGCAGAAUGUGUUUCUAGUUUGUUUGUUUGUAACUGCCGUAUUCCAGGAAGGAUUUAGGAUGGUUUAUAUUCCAGUCCUUUAAUGCUGGAAUGGCUAGAGAUGAGACUGAAAGAUGGGCAGGAAGUAUAUCAUCACAAGCUUUGUGUUUGAUGUUAAUGUGUAUGAUUUUUAUAUUAUGGGAAAUAAGCUGUUAGAGGAGUGAUGUAAUCAGGUUUGUGUUUUAGAAAUCUGUGUAAUGUGUGAAUGAAGAAAGAAAUUGAAGAACUAUGUAACAGAUAUAUGUGAUCCCAUUUUUGUAAGACAUAGAACCAUGUGUGUUUAUUUAUAUGUGUUUAUAUAUAUACUUGUGUAUGCAAAGGUAAACGUCUGAAAGGAUAUAUGCUAACUGUUCACAAUGAUAACCCCCCAGGAAUGGGAUUGGAGGGGAGGGGGCUUCUGUGUUUGUUAUGUAUGCUGGGUGGGAUAUUGUGCUUUUAUUUCUGUAUUGUUUGAAUUUUUUUACAAGUGUGUAUUAUUUUUGUAAUAAAAUUUUUAAAAAAUUCCA